AUGGCGGACUCCAAAUCAAAAGUCCUGGCGACAGCACAAACCAACCCACGGGGUAUCCCCGUGGCGCCGUUCAUCGACAAUGUGAGCGACUAUGUCUCCUCGCGGGAUGAAGUCGAGCCCACCCUCCGCUCCUUCCAGGAGAUGAUUUCCAAGUACCAGUUCAUGGAGGUGAACACCCAGCGCCGCGGGCAAGGACUGCGCGAGAAGAUCCCGGAUAUCAAGAAGACGCUGGAGAUGGUUCGGUUUUUGAAAUUGCGCAAGCAGGCCAAUCCCGAUACCGACCUCGAGACUAACUUUGAACUCAAUGAUACCCUCUACGCCCGCGCGUCGAUCUCCCCCGCCGACAUGGAAGAAGUGUACCUUUGGCUCGGCGCGAAUGUCAUGCUCGCCUACCCGCUGGACGAGGCGGAGACGAUGCUCGCGGAGAAGUUGACGGCGGCGGAGUCGAGCCUGGCUCACUGCGAGGAGGACCUGGAGUUCUUGCGCGAGCAGAUCACAACGCUCGAGGUUGCCACGGCGCGUGUGUACAACUGGGAUGUGGUACAGCGUCGUAAAGAUAGGGCCGAUGGGAAGGGGGAUGAUGAGAAGAAAUAG